AUGUUUGCAGAGGGUGAGAUUGAUGACUGUCAGUUCCCACUUCCAGGGUUCCGGUUCCACCCUACCGAUGAAGAACUCGUCGGAUUCUAUCUCCGGCGAAAGGUGGAUAAGAAGGCCAUCGGCACUGAGCUCAUCAAGUCCACUGAUAUCUAUAAGCAUAGUCCUUGGGAUCUUCCUAAUAGUGGCAACAAUUUGGGAGACAAGGAGUGGUACUUCUUUUGCAAAAGAGCAAGAAAAUACAAGAACAGCAUAAGACCAAAUAGGGUCACAGGUUCAGGAUUCUGGAAAGCAACUGGAAUUGACAAGGUGAUUUGCUCUCAUGGAGGACAAGGAAAUGGCUGCAUUGGCCUCAAGAAAACCCUUGUCUAUUACAAAGGAAACGCAGGCAGAGGCACCAAAACUGAGUGGAUGAUGCAUGAAUUCCGCCUCCCUUCCCACACUCUUAAUACUCGCCCUUCCAUCUUUGCAAGAAUCAGAAACAAUCUUCAAGAAGCUGAAAUUUGGACGUUGUGUCGAAUAUUUCAGAGAAGCGUUUCGAGUACGAAAUAUGCACCAAACUGUAGGAAGAUUGCAGCUGGGAAUGAUGGUUUAAUCAAUAUGAACUCAAAUGAUAAUGCAUUUUAUAGUGAAGAUCAGUGGUAUGAUGGAGAUAGCAAUUACAUUAGUUUCAGCUCUUCACUUGUUAAUUUUGAGGAGAAGAAGCCUUUAAUUACUGAUCAUCAAUGGAAGAAUCCAUUGAUGAUGAAUUUUAGCUCCAUCUCUGAAGAACGAGAACGAGAACGAGAACGAGAACGAGAACAAGAUCCUUGUUCUUCUAUAAUCCAAUCGCCGCCAUCGAGCUUCUCUAAUUUUGAUGGGGAUGCUACUGAUCAUCUGUUUGGAUACAAUCAAUUACUUAAUCAAUGAUAUUCAUCUUUGAUCGUGUGAUGUUAUAUGUAAAUAAACCAUUCCUCAAUUAGUUUUUUUGUUCUAGAGGUUGAAAUCAUGAUUUUGUAACGACCCGAUCCAAGUCUACCGCUAGUAGAUAUUAUCUGCUAUGUCCCAUUACGUAUUGUCUUCAACCUCGUAGUUUUAAAAUGCAUCUAUUAGAGAGACGUUUUCACACCCUUAUAAGGAAUGUUUCGCUCCCCUCUCCAUCCGAUGUGGAUCUAACAAUCUA